AUGACUAAAAUUGCCAUCAACGGAUUCGGUAGAAUCGGUAGAAUCGUCUUGAGAAUCGCCCUCUCGAGACCAUCCAUCGAAGUUGUUGCCAUCAACGAUCCUUUCAUUGGAACCGAUUACGCCGCUUACAUGUUCAAGUACGACUCUACCCACGGUAGAUACGAUGGUGAUGUUUCCUACGAGGGCAACACCUUGAUCAUCGACGGUAAGAAGAUCGCUGUCUUCCAGGAGAGAGACCCAUCUCAAUUGCCAUGGGGCAAAUUGGGCGUGGACAUCGCCGUGGACUCCACUGGUGUCUUCAAGGAGUUGGACUCCGCUCAAAAGCACAUCGACGCUGGUGCCAAGAAGGUCGUUAUCACUGCUCCAUCUUCCACCGCCCCUAUGUUUGUCAUGGGUGUUAACGACGACCAUUACAAGAACGAAAAGAUCGUUUCCAAUGCGUCGUGCACCACCAACUGUUUGGCGCCACUUGCCAAGGUCAUUGACGAUGCAUUCGGUAUUGAGGAAGGUUUGAUGACCACUGUGCACUCUAUGACUGCUACUCAAAAGACAGUCGACGGCCCAUCCCACAAGGACUGGAGAGGUGGUAGAACCGCUUCCGGUAACAUCAUCCCAUCCUCCACCGGUGCCGCCAAGGCUGUCGGUAAGGUUUUGCCUGUCUUGCAAGGUAAGUUGACCGGUAUGGCUUUCAGAGUUCCAACUGUCGAUGUCUCCGUUGUGGACUUGACUGUCAAGUUGGCCAAGGGAACCACUUACGAUGAAAUCAAGGCUGUUGUCAAGAAGGCCUCCGAAGGUAAGAUGAAGGGUGUUUUGGGAUACACUGACGCCUCAGUUGUUUCUUCUGAUUUCUUGGGUGACUCGCACUCCUCCAUUUUCGAUGCCUCUGCUGGUAUCCAAUUGUCUCCAAAGUUCGUCAAGUUGGUUUCCUGGUACGACAACGAGUACGGUUACUCUACCAGAGUUGUCGACUUGGUUGAACACGUUGCCAAGGCCUAA